UAUAAGUUGGAAAACGAAUACGAGCGAUUAACUUGGCCCUCUGUUUUGGACAACUUCGCUCUUCUAUCUGGUCAGCUCAACACGAUCAAUAAACUGCUCAAAAAUGAGACGCCAUCCUUUCGCACCCAGAUUAUAAUACCAUUGCAUCUGUCUCCAGACCGUGAUGAGGAUUUAGCAAAACUAACAGAGCAGCGGGUCCCAGUCUUCAGCCACGAGAUUGUACCAGAUUACUUGCGGACCAAGCCUGAUCCAGAAGUGGAGGAGCAGGAGAAGCAGCUGAGUGCGGAGGCAGCACGAAUUGGCCCAGAGGUGGCCCAGAAACAGAUCCAGACAUUAAAUAAGCUGUGUUCCAGUCUACUGGACAAGCUGAAAAAUCCUCGUGAUGACAGAGAAGCUGAAAGUGCAGCAAUGAGACAGAACAAACCGUCUUUCAACCCCGCUGACACCAGCGCACUAGUCGGAGCGGUUGCAUUUGGAAAGGGGCUUUCCAAAUGUCGGCCUCCAGGUCCAGUGGCCCCUGGACACCCAGCACAAGGGCCCAUGUUGAGUGGAGGUCCUACCUUACAGCAAGUCACCAUUGGUGCUGGCUCAGGCCAGCAGGCAGGGAUGGGAGGACCUGUGGCUCCACAGCAGCAAGGACAGCCAGGAAAAAUGCCGAGCAGCAUCAAGACAAACAUCAAAUCUGCGUCUGCUUCAAUGCAUCCCUACAGCCGAUGAGCUCCAUCCCUUUUACUGAAUGAACAUUACACUGUGUGUCACCUUUGUGUGUGGUUACUUUCAUGGAAUGGGUUCAUUUUAUAAGAAGCUGUCUUUCUGUUCUCUCUGAAGCCACUUCUGUGGCAUAUAGUAUGCUCUGAAAAGCGUCUCAAACAUAACAUUCUGAUAUUUGUGACUGUCUUGGAGCCUUAUUUUGAUAUAUCUGAGCUGCAGUGUUUGGGCCACUAGAUGGCAGUAUGCUAUAAAGGAUAGCAGCAGCUUGUAUUUGGGGCUGUACUUGGACACUUUUUCAAACUAAGAUGUACCUGCUCGUACAUAGUCUGUACAUGAAUAAAAUGGAACAUUUUUAAAUAUAAUUUGGGCCUUUCGACAUUCUAAACAGUUAAA